AUGCAAGGUUUCAACUCGGUGAACAAUCCAAUUGUUCCAGGACAAAAGAUUGGCAGAGAUGAAGAUGGUGUGAAGAUCGACUCAACACAGUACAAACAAAUGGUGGGGAGCUUGAUGUAUCUCACCGCUACACGUCCAGACUUGAUGUUUGUGGUAAGCCUCAUUAGCCGUUUCAUGUCAAAUCCAACCCAGUUACAUCUUGCUGCUGUGAAGAGAAUCAUGAAGUACUUGAAAGGCACUUUGGAGUAUGGGAUUUGGUACAAACGAGGAGAAGAAAGCGAACUCAUAGCCUACACUGACAGUGACUACGCCGGAGACAUAGAUGAUAGCAAGAGUACAUCAGGUUAUGUAUUUUUGAUGAGUGGAGGAGCUGUAGCGUGGUCCUCAAGAAAGCAGCCGAUUGUAACUCUUUCGAGUACUGAAGCUGAAUAUGUAGCAGGUGAUACUUCUGCGUGUCAGGCUAUAUGGAUGAUGAGGAUAUUAGAGGAAAUCAGUCACGAUCAAGCUGAAGAGAUAGUGUUAUUGUGCGACAACACGUCUACUAUAAAGCUGUCCAAGAAUGCAGUCAUGCAUGGAAGAUCAAAACAUAUCAGGGUUCGUUAUCACUUCUUGAGGGACUUAUCCAAGCAGGGGAUCAUCAAGCUGGUCUGUUGUCCAACCGAGAUGCAACUGGCAGACGUAAUGACAAAAUCAUUGAAGUUGGCCUCGUUUCAGAAGAUCAGAGCAGCGUUUGGAAUGGGGAUUCUGAACUGA